UAAAACUAUCUUUUAUAAAAUGAAAGAUUCCAUCAAACAAAAUGGCCACCAACGUCGUUCUUGGUUACUGGGAUAUGAGGGGAAUUGGUGAACCAAUUAGGCUCAUUUUGGAGCAUGCGGGUGCUUGUUACGAUGACAGGCGAAUUCUAACAUCAAAACCAAAAUGGUUGAAAUUCAAAACUUCCCUGGGAUAUGAUUUCCCCAACCUACCCUUCUAUCAGGAUGAAGAUGUAAAGAUUACACACAGUAAAGCUAUUCUGAAACAUCUUGGUCGAAAAUAUGGCCUGGAUGGGUCAACUGUCAAAGCUAAGGCAGAGGUAGAUAUGAUGCUGGAUCAAGCCGUGGAAAUAAGAAAGCCAAUCUUUUUACUGUGCUACAGACCAGAUUUUUCUGCCGAACUUUUAAAGAACUGGACAGAAGGUGAAAAUAUCUGGUUUGUAAACAAUGAAUUGACUAUUGUGGACUUUUUGUUCUGGGAGAUAUUAGAUGUUUACAGACUUUUAAUUCCUGGUUGUUUAAGCAAACAUGGUGGCUUAGAAAGCUUUCAUGCCAGGUUUCCUUCACUUCCAGGGGUCAAAGAGUACAUUGGCUCCAAUAGAGUCAGAAUGGCGGAUUCUGGUGGGGGAGGACGAUAUUUCUGUCAUCAAUGCAACGUUGAGAUUCCUCAUGUGUCAGAGGACUUCUGUUGUCCAGUCUGUAAUUCAGGAUUCAUUGAAGAACUGAGGAACUCUGAUUUAUCUGAACCUGGAGCUCCUCUGCAUGAACCAGAUCCGAUGGACCAAAUUGAUUUCCCAGGUCAGCUAGCUAAUUUCCUCCCACCUGGUAUGUUGCAUAUGGGAAUGGAUAUGGGAAGACCUGGAAGAUAUCAUGUACACCGCCAAGGACCUAUGCGACCCAUGCUCAGGGGGGGUCAUCAACAGGACGGUCAUCUUGAACACUUUCUGCAGGAACUAAUAUUUAACGUGACGGGAAUGGGUGUGGCAGGGGGAGGAGGCGUUCCUGGUGUACAGUUCCAUUUGGUUCCUGGACAUCAGGGAGCAGGUGGUGUGCAAAUUCACGGACAUCCCGGGGACUAUGCCUGGGGUACCGGAGGACUUGAUGCUAUUAUAACACAGCUUUUAAACCAAAUGGAUGGAUCAGGGCCCCCGCCGAUGGCUCAAGAGAAUAUAAGGGUAAAAAUAAGGUUCUAAUGGAUUUAUUGAUUG